GCCAGCUGGUUUUGCACCAACUCAGUGGCAGUCCCCUAACCCCUGGAGGUGGGGAUCGCAGAACAUCCCGGCCGGAAUGAUGCAAGCAGGCGGGGCAGGGGCAGCCACAGGCCCCCUCAUGUACCCCAUGAACAUUGGCCACGACAUGAUGUUCACUCACAUGGCGUCUUCAGGGGGACCGCCGGCUAACAGCCUGGCAGGUUUGGGAGGAGGUGGCCACGCUAGUAGUGGUGGGGGUUUGAAUGGUACUACGUCCACCUGUCAGCAGACCCAGGAUAGGCAGGAUAUCACAAGCUCUAUGCUAGAGCAGAAUGGAGAGUGCGGUACAGUGAUGCUACCCUCACUUAGAGAACACCACCACCAGCAGCAGCAGCAUCAUCAGCAGCACUUUGGAAAGUUCAACCCAGCGAGGAACCAAUCACACUAUAUGUACUAACUAAUUAACAAACUAAUUGAUUAAUCAGUUAUUACAAUUAGUUAUAAUUAAUUAUAAUUGGUUGAUUAGUCGAAUUUAUUGAUUCCCAUUGUAAUUAGUACUUAAUUAAGUUAAUUUAAUUUAAUUUAAAAAUGAUGACUCAAUUAUUGUAAUAUUUUACUAUAUGCGUGUGCGUGCGUGCCUUUGAGGCGUGUAUUAUGCAUGUGUAUGUAUAAUUCUUUUCCGAAUGUAUUCUGAUUCUCACACUCGUUUAAUUUUCGUUACUCCGUCAUGCAUUCACACACGCACACGUACAAGCACGUACAAACACAUAUCACAUAUCUAUGGUAACGCAUGUUUGUUAUGAAGCACACGCACAUACGUACACACGCGCGCAAACAAACACAUAUACACACUCACACACAGAUAUAUAUUUUUUAUACGCGUUUGUUUGAUUGUUUCGUUGUAUUAUUUAACGCCCACCUAUGUUUAUAUGCUGUAAUAACUACAAAUAAUAAUAUAAUAAUAAUAAUACAAUAAUAAUAAUAAUAACUACAUCGAAUAGUUCAAACUGCGAAAGUUGUUUUCAUUAUUAUGUGAUGAGCUUUCUACUCGUUAUAUAAGAAGCAUGUGUGAUACAAGUAUAUUUAUAAAUAAUUAUAUAUGUAUAUAUAUAUAUACAAUACACUAUAUAUAUAUAUAUAUAUAUAUAUAUAUAUAUAUAUACAAUACACUAUGUAUACAUACAAUACACUUCAUAUCGCAAACAUCAUAUCGUUAAUACAUCAAUGUACAUUCAUCUAGUCAAUAUGCUGAAAGUAUGGUUAAAUAUCAUUCAUUCAUUUGUUCGUUCGUUUGUUCAUUCGUUCAUUCAUUGGUUCAUCCAU